GCUUUGUUUACUUCAGUGCUGUGUGAGACAGUGUACGGGGAGGAGGUGUGACGCUCAUGCCUCCUACUGAGAUGUGAGUGCUCUCUGUGAUUUAUUGCAAAGCUUGAUGAUGCUCCCUUUAGUGUGUCAUUGGUGAAGGAUGAGGAAGUGGGCAUCGUCAUGAGUGUGUUUAGUGAAUUCCACAAGGCGUGGCGUGCCAGGUUCCCCGUGAAUGAUCUGCCGGCGGCAUGGGAGGAGGAUGUUCGCGCCAACUUAGCCAAACAUCGUUCGCGAGUCGUGGUCCUUAAGGAGGAGUUGGAGAAGGAACAGUUUUAUGUCGAAUACUUAGAGUGCCUCUUAAAAGAUGUCCAGCGUCAGCAAAUGCAGGAGGGCGAUUGUGAGGAAUUCGAGAGAGAGGUAGUGCAGGAGGAAGAAAGGGGCCAGGGAGAGGGCAGUGAAGGGGCAGCCCCAAUAUGCUCAGGUGGGGUUGACUCUGCUGUUACUCAAGCCAUCAACACGAUGAUGGUGCAGCGUCGGCAUCACCCUAAUCGUGACCUCUCGUCUCCCGUAGAAGAAUUAGAGUCUGAAGAGCCUAAGGCCAUGGACAGCCAACCCCCUCUUAAAGUGGAGGGAGCCAGGUCAGCUCCACCCUCAGACGAAGAAGAGGGACCCCUGGCGCCCAUCACCCCGCUGGCUGCUCCGCCUCCCGCCGGAGGCAGCACUGUGAGGGACCUCGCCCGUCGUUUCACGUCUUCGGGAGGAAACUCUAGUGUGGUAGGGCGGCCUCCACCCUACAACCGCUCCACCUCUGUCCCCGGGAUUACCUCCGCCCUCCCCUGUGGUGGUCCACAAGGGAAGGAGUCGCAGUUUGUCACUGUAAUAUCUGUCAAUGGUGCAGGUCAGGGGGAGGACGCACGCGGACGGAAGGUUCCUCCAGCACCGCCACCAAAGACCUUCCGGAAAUCUACUGGCGCUGAGGGCGAGGGUGAGGCCAAGGUGCCCACGACGCCGUCAUCCCCGGGAGCUUCACGCCCUCCCCAUGCGAUCCCACGCUCUCCCCAGCGACCACGUCACCCUUCUCCUAUCAGGGACUCCCAGGGCACCGCACCUACAAAGAUGCCAUUACAAAAGACACUCUCCGCUUCGAGUGACAGCCGCCCCGCCACCCGUGAGCUUCACAAGUCCCCCCAGGGUGGCCGAGACCUGCAGAAGUCCCCCACUCACCCGAAGGAGUUACAGAAGUCCCCAUCAAGUGCUUCCUCUACGGGCAGUCUGGGUAAAAAGUGUAUAUCAAAGUCAUCAUCUAGUGCUUCCUCGUGUGGAGGGAGCGGGGGUGCGCCCUCUCGUCGCAUCGGCCUCAGCAAGACUUCCUCACUGUCCUCGUCGAGAUGUGGUGAGGACGACGAUGAGGUAGGCGGGGGCUCUGCUUCUGGGGCGUCCCUUGAGAACCUGACGGAUGACGAGCCGCUGUAUGACACUGUUGCUCCUGACGAAGACGACGACACGGGCGAGUAUGUCCUUCUGUCUGACAAAAGCUCAGAGUAUAAUGGCACGGACACCCUCAAGUCAGCAGCCUCUGGGGCGUCUAGCGAAGGUGGUCUUAGUAAGUCUGGCGGGGGCGCGUCGUCAGGUGCCACACCGUCAGGAGGAUCCCCAGCCCCUGAGCACCCACCAGACUCGCCCAAGUACUCCAAUUACGUCAACAUCGACUUCUUCCUUAAAAAGAAGAAGGCACGGGGCCGCCAUGUUCAGCGGAGUGAGAGUGUGGAGUCGGACGAUGAGGAGGCCCCGAGUCUCUUCAGGUCCCUCUCGUCCGACCACGAGGACGAACCCAGGGACGAACCACUCGACAUUGACUCAGGACAGCUAAGACCUGACCCAAGACCUGAGCUAAGACCUGACCCAAGACCUGAGCUAAGACCUGACCCAAGUCCUGAGCUAAGACCUGACCCAAGACCUGAGCUAAGACCUGACCCAAGACCUAAGCUAAGACCUGACCCAAGACCUAAGCUAAGACCUGACCCAAGACCUGAGCUAAGACCUGACCCAAGACCUGAGCUAAGACCUGACCCAAGACCUGAGCUAAGACCUGACCCAAGACCUGAGCUAAGACCUGACCCAAGACCUGAGCCUGGAGUCACUUAA